UUGAUUUUGUCAGGCAUUUGAAAACAGGACUCCAAGUGGGUCACUUCCACCCUCCUGCACUCACUCACGCACACACACACUUCAGUGCUCACACACAAACAGUUCCGCUGGUUGUGGAGUAUCAGCGCUGGGAGCCAGAAGGACAGAGGGGGGAGAACUGCACCUGUCCUGCACACACUCUCCGUCCUCACACUCGUACACAGAGGGGAUCCCACUGGUCGCCCCUAUGUGUGGAUGGGACCAAAGUCACACGGCGACCUCUCAAAGCUCGGCCAUGUUGACCAGUGAGGGGGCGCACACCAUGGAGCAGGACGACGCACAGCACAAGGCCAAGAUGGACUACACGGCCACCGGCGUGGGCUCGGACGGAGCCGAAACCAUGACCGACACCGACGUGGACGUGGAGAUGGAGGAGGCAGACAUGACGCAUUGGACAGAGACAGAGUUCGAGGAGAAGUGCACGUACAUCGUCAAAGACACGGCGUGGGAGGCGGGGUCAGACGGUGAUGCUGCCAUGACGACGACCAGGGCCGAGGCCUCGCUGCCCCGAAACCUAACCUUCAAACACCUGGCCGGCAGCAAGGAGGUAGUCGGUGUGUGCAGCAGGGAGUACAUCCCCAAAGGGACACGGUUCGGUCCCCUGGUAGGGGAGAUCUACACCGCCGACAGCGUCCCCAAAGACGCCAACCGGAAGUACUUCUGGAGGAUCUAUGCGGACGGGGAGUUUCACCACUUUGUCGACGGCCUGGAUGAGACUCGCUCUAACUGGAUGCGCUACGUGAACCCGGCCCACUCCGCUGCCGAACAGAACCUAGCGGCCUGUCAGAACGGCAUGGAGAUUUAUUUCUACACUGUGAAGCCCGUCCCUGCUGGCGCAGAGCUGCUCGUGUGGUACUGCCACGACUUUGCCCGACGCCUGAGAUACCCGCCGUCAGGAGAGCUGAUGAUGGAGAAACUUAAGCAGUCCCUUUUGGAGGUGAAGCGACAGCAGGUGGGCGGCGAGGAGUGCGUGAUGGAAACGUCUAGCCCAUCUCCAGCCACCGUGACCCCUACCCAGCCCAAGAGAGAGCACAGCGUCCUCUCCAUUCUUAGUGGCACCAACAGUACCUCGGCCUCAUCAUCAGCCAAGAGGGAGCCCAGCCGUCCAUUUCCAACUCGUCCGCGCUGUGCUGACAGCCCGGACCGUCUCCUGUACCCCCGUCCCCUCUACCCGACUCUCAGGCCCCACAUCCCCGAAGAGUUCCUCAGUCACAAACCGGGCCGGCUCAGUUAUCCCUCCACUCAUUCCCCUGGCAACCAGUCUUCAGCCACGCCAAGUCCAUCCGCAAGGAGCAGCCCAGACAGCAGCCCUCAGGGAAGCCCAUCUGGCCCAGUACUAUCACCAGCUUCCUUCUACUCCUCUGGACUGGGUUCCUACCCUGGUUACUCCCCGCCAUCCGCCCCCCUUUCCUCGCCCUUCUACCCUCCGGGGAGCCCAUACUCACGUUACCUACUACCCCAUCACUAUCCCCUGCCCGGUGGUGGGGUCCCAACUGUAGGAGGGAUCUUUCCUAGAAUGUAUACCCCUUACAGUGGCCUUUUGCCUCUUCAUGUCCCUCUUAUCCCUUCUGACACAGCAGCAAGGCGCUUCUUAAUGCCAGAACCCGUGCAUCCCUCCUCCAUCUCUGCCCACAGAGAGAUCCUCCUCCCUGGGCCCACCAGUGCCUUCUCAGCUGCUACUUCUCUGAGAGACAAAGCGGGGCCUCACAACCCUUACCACGGGCAAUCUAACCCGCACGGCCCUGCCCAUGCUCCCUCAAGUGGCUCCCCAACUGCCGGCACAGCACCUCCCAGCGAACAGGUGCCCACUAAGCCUACCUCCGCUAUGCUGGGCAACAGCAGUGAGCAUCAUCCUGAUGAAGAGGCUAUCAACCUAAGCAAAGUGAAGCGUGGUACCGGCUCAGCGGGCUACAAGGCUCUGCCUUACCCUCUCAAGAAGCAGAACGGCAAAAUCAAGUACGAAUGCAAUGUCUGCAGCAAGACCUUUGGGCAGCUUUCAAACCUGAAGGUUCACCUUCGCGUGCACAGUGGAGAAAGACCCUUCAAAUGUCAAACCUGUAACAAAGGCUUCACUCAACUGGCUCACCUGCAAAAACACUACCUGGUCCACACUGGAGAGAAGCCGCACGAAUGCCAGGUUUGUCACAAGCGCUUCAGCAGUACCAGCAACCUGAAAACUCACCUGCGCCUCCACUCCGGGGAGAAGCCCUACCACUGUAAACUCUGCCCAGCCAAGUUUACCCAGUUCGUCCACCUGAAGCUGCACAAGCGGUUGCACUCCCGUGAGCGGCCACACAAAUGCCCCCACUGCCACCGCCACUAUAUCCAUCUGUGUAGCCUGCGUCUUCACUUGAAGGGGUAUUGCCUCGCGGCAAACCCCAGCUCUGGGAGUCCGUCUGUGCCUAGCCAGGCAGCCUUGGAGGAGGUGCACCGUGCCAACGAGGAGAUCGAGCGCUUUGACAUCAGCGAGCAUGCCGAGCGCUUGGAGCAGCUGCAGGGGGGAGUGGAGAUGGACUCCAUGCUGGAGAAGCAAGUCUUGGGCAUACUGUGGAGGGAGACUGACCUUAAGUCCCCACAUUUCCACCCCCUCCAUCAGGGUAGUGCCACCGAACUCCUGUCUGCAGGUUAUGGCCCAUACGAACCACAGAAUGAAACGUCGGUCAUCAAGAUCCGGCACAGCAGCCCCAUCCCACCGCUCCCUGCAAACAUUACGGUCAAGCAGGAGUCAGAGGAAAAUGCUUAAAGUAACUUAUGUGCAAGAGACUAAUUUGAGCCUUCGUGGUGGACUUGUUGCCAGGAGCAACACCUGUAAAUAAAUUAUUAUCAGUCUGGUUGUCAUCAGGAGUGACAUCAAGACCUUACCAGGUUUACAACCUAUCAGGGACUCAUACUCAGGGCUGUAAGAGAGACUGUCCCAUGACUACUUAGUGAUUUCAGCUUUUAUUAUUCUUAGACAAUCAUCUUACAAGGAUUUACCUUAAAUGUAAUUAAUAUAAUUCUAUUAUAUAUAUUGUCUGUUUUUUAUCUUUCCAAAUGUCUGUGUUUUUUUGAUCAGUUAGCUAUUGUAUAACCUAAUUUAUUAAGCUUUUUAUUUGUUGUCUGAGAAGAGCAAUAAGCCGAAGGGAUGAAUACACUGAGUUGAAAAUAUAAAAAAAAAAGUUUUUCUGUUGAUAUGUACUUCUUUCACAGUGGCCAUUUCUUUGUAGAUAGUCACUCUUUUUCAAGCCCACAUUUAUCUUGUGACUUCUGACCUACAGAUGCACAGAUGUCCACUUUUCAGGGUUUUACUUAUUUGAAUAUAAGAACCAAAGUAGCAGGUUAAGAUAGUAGAAAAAGCCAAAGAAUGGCUCAUACAUUUGUUCAUUUCAAGGGCUUUUAUGCAGCCCUCUGAAUAGCUUCCCUAAAGCAUGUUUGUGUCCUUUUUUGAUAUCUCUUUAAUUUAAUUGAAACAAAAAGGGCAUUUUUUGUAUAUUUUUCACAACAGUUACCUCAGUGUGGAUGUGAUAUGAGUGUAUGUGUGUUAAAAGGGACAACCGAAGGUGGGAGUUUUCUAUUUAUUUGAAUCUUUCGCUACUUGAAGAAGGCAAAACCAAACAAAACUGGAGAGCAGCUCUUCAUGAGGUCCAAAAGAGUGGAUGUCCGCUCUACAUGUAGCACAUAAUGGAAUUGGGAGGCUGGUGAGUCCCCCACCCAUGUUCCCCUCUUCUUCAUUUACUCCUAUUUUAUUUUUUCACAUCGCUGUUUGUCCUUAACAGAGUUGUGGAUAGAUUUAGGGAUUCACCACGCUAGAUGCUAGAAACCAAAGUUCACUUGGAUUUUUUUUUUAAACGCACACCUAAAGAAGGGAAUAACCUUAAAAAAAGGGAAGAAGGACUUGAGAAAUCAAAACACCAAAGAAGGGAAGAUGUUGUGUAUAAGAUGAAGUGUUUGUUCUUUAGCUGUGGUCUUGUUUUUUGUAUAUUUAAAUUUUUCAUUUUGUUAUUAUUUCUCUGUUAAUAUUUUUGUUAAGAAACAAUGGCCCCUUUUUCCUCUUUACCCGUCUGAUGCCUUUUUAAGGAACACCCAAGCACCUCGGCCCUUUUUUAUGCACUGGCCCCUUCGUUUUUUUCGUCUUCAGUGCCGAUGCUUGUUCCAUUUACACUGUGCACAGUAUAUAUAAAACCGGUCAAAAUAGCAUUAAGACCCAGCUUAAUGUUACUACAACAUUUCUGAUUUUCUGUAGCAGCUGAACAUCAACAAUCUGAAAUCUGAAGGUCUAACUCUGUCCUCUGUGUCGACCCUCUUUCUGUGGUCAGAGGAGAAUCCCCUGAUACUGUCUCUGUUUACAUUCUGGUUUACAUAGUAAUUUAUGUUUAAAUGUUGAAAAGUGUAAAUUAUGAUAUAAAAGUUGUCUGCUCUAAUCUG